CCGAGUUCGGCAUCGGUCGAUAACUUCUGACGCCGAGGAGCGGGGUCAGCUUCUUCGACGCCUUCCCAUGACUGCAGGUUCCACAUUGAUUCCUCAUCAGCAUCAACGGAUAUAAACAUCGGCUUCAGCCUGAGUCCGACUCUCGAAUUGCAUAAAGUUGCCUAUCGAGCUCCAAUAUGCCUGAUUACGCCUCUAUCGAAACAACUUUGGCUUCUAUAGCCGCAAGCUCUCAAACUAUCGAGCUUCUUCGAGACCUUCACAAGCAAGCUCUCGACGAGCCUCCCUACGUCAGCACAGAUGGACCUGCCUCUACCGCACUCGACAAGUUUGUCGCAUUGGACCCCGACAAGUGCGCCUAUGUAUACCUCCUUCUGCGAUCUAUGAAGGCACGUUUCGUUGUCGAGGCUGGGACAUCAUUUGGUGUUAGCACUUUAUACCUGGCUCUGGCAGUUUCUCAGAAUGCUGGCUCGCAGCCAGGCAAGGUCAUUGCAACUGAGAAUGAACCUACCAAGGCUGUUAAGGCUCGCAAGUAUUGGAGUCAAGCUGGUGAUGAUAUAGAGAAGUUUAUUGAAUUACGAGAGGGAGAUCUGCGAGAGACGCUCAAGACUGAUCUGCCAGAACAAGUGGAUUUCCUACUCCUAGACAUUUGGACCCCUCUGGCUCUGCCUACACUCAAGCUUGUCAAGCCGCGCAUGAAGCCAGGCGCUACAGUAGUUGCUGAUAACACUGAGGCUGCCAAGGCAGGUUACAAAGACUUGAUGGCUUAUCUAGAGGACACUAUCAAUGGUUUCAAGAUCACGACGGUUCCAUAUUCAGGCGGUCUUUUAGUUGCUGUGUAUCUAGGGAACUAAGCAGUCCUUUCACAGAUCAAGGAGGGCAAUAUUAUCCAAGAAUCAUGUAAAUUGCAAUUUCAGUGAACCUCUAGAGUAGUACCUAUUAUCGACGUAUGAGAGCCAAAAGAUUGGUAGUAACUUUUGAUUGAAGUCUAUUGAAUGUUGAUCAUUAUUCGUUGAUGAUAAUCGGAGGUUGAAAAUGAAAAACAUUGAUUGGUCCUUCUUUAAGAAAUUUGAGACGUGCUGUAUUGUACUGAAGACACCAACGAAGUUUUCCCCAUAAGACAAAAAUAUUGGAUGUUGAUGCACUUUAAGAAUGUGUGAUUCCAUGAUUUAAGAGGUGGAGAUAUGAACUCGGCAUUUGCUUAUGGAGUAUCUGCAAAACCGUGGUUAUUUAUG